GAAUUGUAGCUAAAAGCCAUGGUACAGAAAUACUGAACCAGUAGGAAUCAUGUGAUUAUUGCCUCUCACACUCUCUCUCUCUUCUCUUUCUCUCUCUUUAGAGCUUUGAAGAAGAAGAAGAAGAAGAAUUGGAAUUGGGUGGGAUUUUCUUUGUUGUGAAAGUUGAAUAAUCCAUCCAUCAAUGGCUUCUAGUGCUUCCAGAUUCAUUAAGUGUGUAACAGUUGGUGAUGGAGCCGUGGGCAAAACUUGUAUGCUUAUCUGCUACACCAGUAACAAAUUCCCCACGGACUAUAUACCUACUGUGUUUGAUAACUUCAGUGCAAAUGUGGUGGUUGAAGGUACCACAGUCAAUCUAGGACUUUGGGACACAGCUGGUCAAGAGGAUUAUAACAGAUUGAGGCCUUUGAGUUAUAGAGGGGCAGAUGUAUUUGUUUUGGCAUUCUCGUUGGUUAGUCGAGCAAGUUAUGAGAACAUACUGAAAAAGUGGCUUCCUGAACUUCAACAUUUUGCACCUGGAGUGCCAAUUGUAUUGGUUGGAACAAAAUUGGACUUACGGGAGGAUAAACGUUACUUGGCUGACCAUCCUGGCUUGGUACCGGUUUCCACUGCACAGGGCGAGGAGCUUCGCAAACAGAUUGGUGCUUCUUUUUAUAUUGAGUGCAGCUCAAAGACUCAACAGAAUGUUAAAGCAGUGUUUGAUGCUGCAAUCAAGAUGGUUAUAAAACCUCCACAAAAGCAAAAGGAAAAGAAGAAAAAGACACGAAAUGGAUGGCUAUUCUGCAAUCGGGUGCCUCUCGGAUGUUUCAAAUGACAUAUUAGCCGCCCAAGUUGGUUCAGUCGAACACGUUAUGCUGUCUGUUGACUAUAGAAGUGGCCUUCUUGUAAUCAUUGUUUUUUGCUUUUUUUGUUAUCACUUAUUAUAGAUGAAUGCAUUUUAAUGGAUGUUUGAGAUUUAAUAACAAUUUCUAAUUCAGCAACAACAAAAAAUCAACUUUUAAUGGUAACACUAUGUUAGUCUCUUU